AUGGGCCUCCGCGUGAGCAAACCCCAGCCGGAGGGCAAGCCUCGCUCCUGGUACCGCGACAACUUCUUCCUCACAACCGACAAGCGGUACCUGGAGCCCCACGUCGUCAACGACAUCUUCCGGUCGGAUCUCAUGUGGUGGAAUGACCCCCUCGAGCCGGGACAGAUGAAGAAGAUGCUCGACAAUUGUCUGACGCUGUGUCUGUACUGGGUCCCCGAGACCGAGGAGCAGAUGAGAAAAUCCGGCGUCCCCCUACGAAGAGAAGGCCCCGACUUCAAGCUGGUCGGCUUCGCCCGCCUCGUCACCGACUACGUCUCCUUCGCCUACCUCACGGACGUCUUCGUGCUGCGCGACUACCAGCGUCGCGGGCUCGCCUCGUGGAUGAUCCGGUCCGUCAAGGAGGUGGUCAUGGAGUGGCCCGACCUCCGGGGCCUGACGCUCAUGGCCAACGACAGGGCCUCGGCGCGCAUGUACGAGCGGGACCUGGGGGCGCUCGAGUUCGACAAGGGGCCCUCGGCGGGGCUGAUCAUGCUUGAGAUGCCGGGGAGGGCGGAGAAGGGUGUGCCGAAGGAUCAUUGA